UUGACUGGCUCGCGGGACCGAACACGCUCUCACGAGGGAGCUGAGCUCUCUCUCUCUCUCAGUAAUCAGUGGCAGCUGGAAAUGGACAGCGACGGGAAAGGAGCUCUUCAGCCGCCUCACACAGAUGAGAUGAAACGUCCAAAGAAAAUCGAGUGGAUGGACAGUAAUCCGCCCACCAAAAGUAAGGAGGGAGAGGAAGAAAAUGAAGGAGUGAGAAGGGUAAGGGUGGGGUUUAAGGCCAAGCGGGAGCGCCGGCAGGGCAGCAGCGCUACCAUGUGUCAGGUGUGCAACAUAAGGCUAAACUCAAGCGCCCAGGCACAGAUCCAUUAUAAAGGCAAGACGCAUCAGAGGAGGCUUCGCCGACUGGCAAAAACUGUCAAUGCAGGUGCACUGUCCCAGAACCAGAUCCACCCACUCCUCAGUUCCCUGCCCCUCCCAGGUCGACCCGUUCAGCGUCAGACCCAUGCCCAACUGGAACACUUCCUACCACUCAGGGUCAGCAGCUCCUCACCUCUCAGCCUCUUCCCAAACUUCAACACUAUGGAUCCAGUGCAGAAAGCGGUGAUCAACCACACUUUUGGGAUGUCUCAGACCAAGAGGAAGCCCAUCAUUUCAUGCAAUAUCUGCCACCUGCGCUUCAACUCAACUACCCAGGCAGAGGCCCACUACAAAGGUCACAAGCAUGCUAGAAAGCUUAAGGCAAUAGAGACCCAGAAGAAUCGACAGAAGAACGGACACAGCCAGCUGUCUGCAGAAAAAGACAGAAACACAGAGAACGGGCAGAAGGAGGAAGAAACUGUGCCGAUUGAUGCUCAGCUGAAAGAAAAAACAGACCCAAACACCUCAUCCGAGCAGCAUCCUGAAAAAAGCCAGGGAAACUUGCAAACAGCCACCCCAUCUCCCAUGCCUUCAUGCUCAGACUCCUCCUCACCCCCCUCUGCUCACCAGACUCCUGAAGCUUCAGACGGCUCCCAGCUUUCUGAUCUACCUUCAGAUGAACCCCAUGCAGAUGGGAGCAGCAAUGCCACUGGUUCACCAUCAGACUCUGAUCUUCAGGGAAGCUUCACAGCAGGAGAGGAGGAGGCCAUAAAGGUGAAAGAGGUGGAAGAGGUCAAAAACAUCAAAAAGCAUCUUCACUGUUCCACAUGCAAAGUGACGGUCAACUCCAGCUCCCAGCUAGAGUCUCACUGUAGCGGGUCUAGGCACAAACAGAUGCUGGAUGGCCAGAACAACAGCCAGUCGCAUCGCAGAGUCAAGUUGGCCUCAACUCCGAGACCAAAGGGUCGAAUGAAACAACGCAUGGGGAGCAAAAGCAGAACGGUUGUGGGUGUCACCAAUCAAGUAUUUCAUUGUGAACUGUGCCAAGUGUCAGUUAACUCAGAGACACAACUAAAGCAGCACACAAAUAGCAGGAGACACAAAGAGCGUUUGGCGGGAAGGCCUGUCAAAGCCAAGUUCACCCCUUAUAAUAAACUCCACCCCAAUGCCGUCUUAGCGACUAAACUGGCCCUGCACAAGCAGCUGUCCAAAGCCCUGCCGGCAGGGCUCCUGACUGGCCCUUUCAAUCCAGCUGCACUGUGCAGCAUGACGUCCGGGCCCCUGGCGCUACGACUGCCUGUCGGUCCUACAGCCAUUCUCCCAGGUCCCAUUAUAAACCCAACACUAUUCAGGCCUGCUCCAGGACCUCUAAGGGCAACACAUGCUCCUAUAAUCUUCUCUCCUUAUUAGCAAUUACCACAAGCUGCUGGAAGCUAGAGAGGAGUUGACAUCUUUGCCAAAACUAGACUUGUGGAAAAAAUGAUCGUGGCCUACUGUGGAAAAUACAGUUCUUUCAGGGUGACACUGAAGCACAGCCGUCA